AUGGCGGUGAGCCUGACCAUGUUGGCCGGGCAGCUGGGCACCGUGCUGGGCAACGUGGCUUUCCCGCUGCUGCUGGAGCUGGACUGCGAGCUGGUGUUCUUCCUCCUGGGCGGCAUUGCUCUGGGUACAGCCCUCGGCCUUCACGGCUCCCUUUCUCUUUCUCUUUCACACGCCCGUUAUACGUUGUGCCGGUUUGUGUCUGCUACUCCCUGCCUCGGAGAAGGCAGAUUCGUCGUGAAACCACAUUACUCUUGCGCUGCGUUGAAACGAGGACGAAUAUAG